GGCCUUGAGCAUGCGUAGUGGCUGCGGGAAACUCGCUCCUGUUCCUCCGAUGGCGCCAUGACCGAGGCUGCUUCCACUGAGCAGGAGCCGGAGACUUUGCGGUUGAAGCGGCUCCGCAGCGGCGGCUUCUUCACGGUGCCUCCAGGGCACCGGCUGGGAAGAUGUCGGAGUGUGAAGGAGUUUGAGAAACUCAAUCGGAUUGGAGAAGGGACCUACGGCAUUGUGUAUCGCGCCCGGGACACCCAAACUGAUGAGAUUGUGGCACUGAAGAAGGUGCGAAUGGACAAAGAGAAAGAUGGAAUCCCCAUCAGCAGCUUGCGAGAGAUCACCCUGUUGUUGAAGCUCCAGCACCCCAACAUUGUGGAGCUGAAGGAGGUCGUGGUGGGGAAUCACCUGGAGAGCAUUUUCCUCGUGAUGGGUUACUGUGAGCAGGACCUUGCCAGCCUCCUGGAGAACAUGCAGGCUCCCUUCUCCGAAGCUCAGGUGAAGUGCAUCAUUCUCCAGGUCCUCAAAGGCCUUCAGUACCUGCAUGAAAACUUCAUCAUCCACAGGGAUCUGAAGGUAUCCAAUUUACUCAUGACCGACAAAGGUUGUGUAAAGACAGCGGACUUUGGGCUGGCUCGUGCUUACAGGGUGCCCCUGAAGCCCAUGACUCCCAAAGUUGUGACGCUCUGGUACCGAGCCCCUGAACUGCUUCUGGGGACAACAACACAGACCACUGCCAUAGAUAUGUGGGCGGUGGGCUGCAUCCUGGCAGAGCUGCUGGCCCAUAAGCCGUUGCUCCCUGGGAGCUCCGAGAUCCAACAGAUAGACAUGAUCGUGCAGCUUCUGGGCACGCCAAAUGAGACGAUCUGGCCGGGCUUCUCCAAGCUGCCCCUGGUGAGUCAGUACACCUUGCGGAAGCAGCCGUACAACAACCUGAAGCACAAGUUCCCGUGGCUUUCGGAGGCCGGGCUUCGCCUCCUCAACUUCCUCUUCAUGUACGAUCCCAAGAAAAGAGCUACAGCUGGCGACUGCCUGGAGAGCUCCUACUUCAAGGAGAAGCCUUUGCCCUGCGAGCCAGAGCUCAUGCCAACCUUCCCGCACCAUCGCAACAAGAGGGCCGCCCCCAGCGCCACUGUGGAGGGCCCGGGCAAGCGCAGUCGGCCCUGAGGACACUCGCCGCACCUGGAAAGGACAAGGCGUGGCACAUGCAGGAUGGAGCUGAGGAGGCAGCGCUGGGUGCUGCUGGCGCCAUCAGGACAAGUUGCCAGGAGCCUCCAGUCUGUGUUGCGACGGCUCCUGCUUUCUUCAUUGCAACUGGCUGUCCUGCUUGGCUAUGCUGACUACCAGCUGGGAGCGGAGCUGGCUUCCCAAGCAGCACUGAAGCACCUAAAGAACAAGCUCAGCUGUUCUGCCCUGCUGUCUGUCCCCCGUCACAGGACAGCUAACUCCAAGCAGCCCUCACUGAAUUCCCUCCUCGCCUCUUAGUGCUGGCAAACUCAUGGGAAAGGGGGCUGUAUCUCAAUAAAAUGUUCUGCUGCUGC